GUUCUGCAGACCAAUGAGAGCGCAAAAGAGCUGGGCGAAGGCUCAACCCUCGGGGGGUUGAGGGGAGGGGAAGACGAAGCUUGAAAGACUUGGUAAUGGCGACGGGUUUGUCAGAGCACCAUAACAUGGUGUGGGAAGUGAAGACAAAUCAGAUGCCUAAUGCAGUACAGAAACUCCUGCUGGUAAUGGACAAGAGAGCUUCAGGAAUGAAUGACUCAUUGGAGUUGCUGCAGUGUAAUGAGAAUUUGCCAUCCUCACCUGGGUAUAACUCCUGUGAUGAGCACAUGGAGCUUGAUGACCUUCCUGAACUUCAGGCUGUUCAAAGUGAUCCUACCCGAUCUGCCAUAUUCCAGCUAAGUUCAGAUGUUUCACAUCAAGAAUAUCCGAGACCAUCUUGGAACCAGAAUACCUCAGACAUAUCAGAGAAUACUUACCGUGAAAAUGAGGUGGAUUGGCUAACAGAAUUAGCAAAUAUUGCUACCAGUCCACAAAGUCCGCUUAUGCAGUGCUCAUUUUACAACAGAUCAUCUCCUGUACACAUCAUAGCGACUAGCAAAAGUUUACAUUCCUAUGCACGCCCUCCACCAGUGUCCUCUUCUUCUAAGAGUGAAUCAGCCUUCCCUCAUCACCACUGGAAGGAUGAAACACCAGUCAGACAUGAAAGGGCAAAUAGUGAGUCAGAAUCUGGCAUUUUCUGCAUGUCUUCCCUCUCAGAUGAUGAUGAUUUGGGAUGGUGCAAUUCCUGGCCUUCAACUGUUUGGCACUGUUUUUUGAAAGGCACCCGACUGUGCUUUCAUAAGGGCAGCAAUAAGGAAUGGCAGGAUGUUGAAGAUUUUGCUAGAGCCGAAGGCUGUGAUAAUGAGGAAGAUCUCCGAAUGGGCACUCACAAGGGCUAUGGUUCUGAUGGUCUAAAGUUGUUAUCACAUGAAGAAAGUGUAUCAUUUGGCGAGUCUGUCCUGAAGUUGACUUUUGAUCCUGGUACAGUAGAAGAUGGUUUACUUACUGUAGAGUGUAAGCUGGACCACCCUUUCUAUGUUAAAAAUAAAGGUUGGUCAUCAUUUUAUCCGAGCUUGACUGUGGUACAGCAUGGCAUUCCAUGUUGUGAGAUUCAUAUUGGCGAUGUAUGUCUACCUCCUGGACACCCCGAUGCCAUUAAUUUUGAUGAUUCAGGUGUUUUUGAUACAUUUAAAAGCUAUGACUUCACACCUCUGGAUUCUUCUGCAGUGUAUGUGUUAAGUAGUAUGGCUCGUCAGCGUCGUGCAUCUUUGUCUUGUGGAGGACCUGGUGGUCAAGACUUUGCCAGAUCAGGAUUCAGUAAAAACUGUGGCUCACCUGGAUCAUCACAGCUCUCUUCCAAUUCUUUGUAUGCUAAAGCUGUUAAAAAUCACAGCUCAGGGACUGUGAGUGCCACUUCUCCUAACAAAUGCAAAAGACCAAUGAAUGCCUUCAUGCUUUUUGCCAAAAAAUACAGAGUUGAAUAUACUCAGAUGUAUCCAGGGAAAGAUAACAGAGCCAUAAGUGUGAUCCUUGGUGACAGGUGGAAGAAAAUGAAGAAUGAAGAGAGAAGGAUGUACACAUUAGAAGCAAAGGCUUUGGCUGAAGAACAAAAACGUUUAAAUCCUGACUGUUGGAAAAGGAAAAGAACCAAUUCAGGCUCACAACAACAUUAAACCAGGAUGCGAUGUUCUUAAGUCUAUAUUUGCAUAAACAUUUGACUCUUGAUGGAAAGACUUAAGAAGAUUAAGGUCUCACCCUUUGUCCUGAAUUCGUGUGACCAUGAAAUACUGAUAGUAUUGAAUCUUGAAAUGAUUUAAUAAUAUGAGUGAGGAUUUGCUUUCUCCAUUAGAGCAUUAAGUAAGCUAAAACUAUCAACAUUGUAAACCAAAUUGCCUUAUUUUUCUUCCAAACUUCAUAUAUGUCUAUCAGGUAAUAUAGGCUUGAAAAUUGAUAUCCUGUGGUGCUAAAGUACAGUAGAAAGAGAGGAGAAGUGUAUACAUGUUUUAUUUUAAAUUGUACAAAAGAAUUUAAAAAUAUGUAACUGCUGUUUAUACAUUGGCUCCUUACUGCUUAUUAAUCUGUAUUGUACACAUGAUGGAAUGAAGCAGAAACUGGGAGUUGGCCUUUUUUUGAGCAGCCACCACAUGGCCCAGCAUCUGUGCCAAACACGGGAGCUCCUAGUCUGGCCAGUGCCAAGAGGCUGCCAGGAUAUGUUUCAGGUGGAUGGUGUCAGUGUCCCAGAGCCACCUGCUGCAGUUACCACAGGAUGCUGAGUUUGUGCACCAGGUGGCAGCACCUAUCCAUUAUUUCCAAUGGAGACCUAGCCUAGGUCAAGAUAAGUUAGUUAAUAGCAUUGGGAUAUAGUCACUGUAAUGGUGCUAUUAACAGUCGACACCAUUGUAUUUUUUAACUUUGUGUUCUAUAUCUCCUCAGCCACGUAUCCUAAAUACCUUAUUUUGUCAUCGUAUCUUUAUGGUGGGGGCAGACUUUGCACUUCUGCAGUGCAACACUUGCACUUUACUUUUUCCUCCGUCUAAAAUUAGAGCAAAUACAUUGGCAAUACAGCUGCUUUUGCUCUGAGCUACAAUCAUGGCUUUUCAUGUUACUUACCAAGUGGUGUUUCUGGUUAGGAAUCACAGCUGUAAAAUUGAUUUCAGUUCAUUACACUUCUUCAUGAUGUUGCCCCUAAAUUUUGCACACUAUAUUCUUGUAUAUUAUUUCAAAUAAAAUGAAGAAAAAAAAAGUUUA